GACACCAAAUGCCAAACGGUUCUGACGCGAAAAUUCCGAAGCGAGAUUUGAUUUCGUAAUAUUCGACCAGUUAAGUGGCAAAUACUUCUGCCGCAUCAGCCUGAAGUGUGUGCAAAAGCGUGUGUCUCUAGGGUUCGACAUUUUCCCUCGACCCGUCUGUCAGGCGACCGUAUCGCGUGUGGAAAACUCAAUUGGACAAGUAUCCUCGGGAUUGAGUUUAUCUUUGCUGCUGUGUUUUCCUUGUGCUUCUCUCUUGCUAAUAACGACGUGCAGCCGAAAAUGGUCGGCUAAUGUAACAGCUCUGUUGUUGUUGGUUUAAGUUUCGUGUAUGCAGAAGUGUUAUUUAGCUUUAACGAUUUCACGGUUGAGUGAAGUGUGAUGAUAUUGUUCUAAAGGGAACUAACAAGCCGAUUAUCGGCCGUUUUACGAGGCAAAUAUCCGGAAAAUAUUGAACCGUUCGGGAGUAAGUGGAAAUAAUUAAUAGCAUUUGGCAGCAAACGAGUGAAAUUCUGUUUGGAUGAAGCCGUGAAUGUGAGAAAAAUUGCACUGCACACGUGUGGACGUUGAUUGUGUAUUCCACAUAUUGCGAAUGGAGGAAGUAUGUUGACAAUUUGUGCGAAAAUUGAAUAAACCGUAAAGCUGUUUCGGUAUAACGUAUGAUUGCAGUAGAAUAACUAAGCUGCAAUUUCUUGAUUUGUUGGAGUUGAUAUUGUACAAUCAGAUACUGCAACGACAAGGAUCUCUUACCCGCUAAUCUUAUCUUAGGUCAAUAAGCGCGCUCCCCUCAGUACAGUGAUAAAUUAAAUUGAUAUCUGCGCUGCCCAGAGAAACUUCAUCGUCAUUGUAUCCGCGAAUAAUUUAUUUAUUCAUCCAGUUCAUCACGUUUACCGACAACCGGUCAGCGAAAAGUUGUUGUGUAAGAAUUAAUUAAUCGAACAUCGGUGUUAUCCCAUCUUUAUUUUGGCUAUCUCGGUGUCAACACUUGGAUAUAGAGCCGCUUGUAAAGCGGUGAUCAGCCAGCAGUAUUAUAUAGGUUCUAGAGACCAACUCGGGAGACUAUCGUCCAAAGCCGAAGAAAGUGCUGAGAGUAACGCGCGCGCCUUUUUGCACCCGGCGAAAUAAUUUCGCAUCUCCAACCAGCAACGUAACGUGCCAAAGGAAGGUGGCGGCUAUUCUCUCCAGUCGCUCUCGGACGGCGCGUCGGGUGUUUGUUGAACCACUUCAGAGCACUUGGGAGUUUUAUUACCGACAAUCGAACUGCCGCCGGUUCCAGCCAAGCGUCCGUAUCGUACAACUCCCAACCCACCCAACCACCCACUCCGUGCCAACCCUCUGCCUUACUCACUUAUGUACUAGCGCGUCACGACCAGUAGCGAAUCGAUGUAUUCGUGGAAGCGUGAAUCCGCGGGCAACUUAUAUACGCUAUCAGCACCACACCAGCCAACAGUCCAGUGCCGGCCGUGAAUGAAUUCAGUCAUAGUCCCGUUCCGAGUGAACCGAACGUUGAGGCUUCAUCAUAUUGCUGAUGCAACUGUAUACUACGCUGCUGAAUACUUUUUUCGCUACCCUGUCUGUAUACAGUAGUGCCAAUUGAGAGAAGAAAGUAAAUCAGCACCGGUCGAGCAAAGGAAGGAAGAAAGCGUUGUUUACAAACAUCCCCGAGACAUAUCGGUUUACUCGAAAAAAUCUUUAAGCUAGGAAGUUGAACCUACGCUAACGGAAGUCCACUCGAGACCACCUCGAGGUUGCUUGAAAUUGUGCAAUUUCUGUCUGCAUAGUUAGUAGGAAUCCGAUUCUGGUAGUUUUCAAAGUUUAAGCUAGAAUCGAGUGUAGUUCAAGUUAUAGGAGCUCUAUAUACGUUAUAUAAACACUCAUCGUACAAGUUUACAAGUGUAAGAAAAUAUCGCAUAGAAAUAGUGAGUUUGGGAGUGGAUUCAUUUUUCUUUCCUUCCAACCCAAACCCAAAUUCGAUUGUGUGUGGUUAGUGCAUUUCCCGGAACCGACGAAAGCCGACAGCACUUCACCAUGAAGGAUAUCAUUGCUAACAAAAACCUUAUCAACAAGGAUACCAUCAUCAAGGAUGUGGUCAUCAUCGGCAAUGGACCUAGCGGAAUUUCGUUAUCAUACAUGCUGGCGGGCAAUUGGCCAUAUUGGUCCCCGGAAAAAAUCCAAAAGCAUCCGGACGAGCUUUUGCGGGCCCGGCUAAACUACUACGAUGCCCAGAAGAGCCUGGUCGAGCACGACCUGUUCAGUUUGGCCGAUGGGCUCGAAGGACGCAGCACUAACCCAGUAUCGUUGCUGCUGGACAGUUUGCAGCAUCCCUGUGCCGACCUUGGCAUGGAGUUGCCGUGUAUGGUAGAGUACAAAUAUCACCCGGAAAAGGAGAUCGACCACCUAGUUCUGGGGCGAGGUCCCCCGGGUGGUUCCUGGCACCGGAUGGAUCCGAACCUGCGUACCCUAUCGCUGUCAGCCUGGAUGUCCCUGCCCGGCUUACCCUUUGCCGAUUGGGAGAAAACACACCCACCCACCCUGGAUCCCACAGAUUUGCCUAGUUUUGUUACCACAAACAACACGUCGACGUCCAAAAGCAAUACCUAUCAUACCUAUAACAACCAUUCGUACCUGACGCCGCCAGCCGGAAGUGAGGAGGGCGUUAAAAUUCUGAAAUCAAAUAAUCACCAUGGUGCUAGCAUAAAUCGUAAUAGGAAGAUACUGAUCGGUAGCAGUAACAGUAACGCUAGUAAUUACAGUAAUUCUAACAGUAAUCGGUGCGAUAGAUGUAGCGAGUUGAACCGGCUACAGCUGCACAAAGUGCCCUUAGUCUGUAACAGAUGCCGUAAGAACAACAACAACAACAGCAUCCUUCUGGAGAACCAGAACAACCUGCUGCAGGACAGCAUCGCCUACGAGGAACGCCGGGGCAAGGUCAAUGUGAAGCUUUGUCCCCCGAGGCGUAAUCUUUCGCUGAAGCGACAACUUUCGAAGGAGGUCGAAACGAGGGCGUUGAUUUCGCGCGUCGCCCAGUACUACGAGAGCUACGUGGAGGAAAUGAAUCUGAGUCGAUACUUUAUGAAAGAUACGAUCGUGACGACGGUGCUGCCGCUGGAUUUCUCCGUCGUAUCGGAUCCGGCGGUACCGGAAAAGCUGAAAACCGGACGGUGGAUCGUUUCUGGAUUCAACCGCAUUACCAACAAACAGUUCACGCUGGUCUGUCGCAACCUGGUGAUGGCCAACGGGGCCUCGGACCUAGCCAAUCGACUUGGCAUCCGAGGAGAAGGUCUGGAGAUGCCCUGGGUUAAGUACGAGCUGCCUCAUUUGGAGCGGGCGUUGGAGCGGUACGACGACGAUGGCCGAUCGCGAUUGAAGCCGGUACUGAUCGUAGGAGCCGGCUUGAGUGCUGCCGAUGCGGUGACCAUUUGCCGAUCCUCGGGUAUUCCGGUGGUGCACGUUUACCGGAAUCGAACGGCCGGAUUGGAUAAGAUGCUUCCGGGGAAUGUUUAUCCAGAGUACCACGAGGUACACAAGAUGAUGAAGGACUCCAGCCAAAAGUAUGAGCUGUACUCCCCGUUGCCUGAGCACACCAUAGUGGACCUUUCGCAGGGCCAUGGGGUUCAUCGUGUUACGGUGCAGCACCUGAAGACUGGCGAAAAGCGUGAGAUGGAAGUGUCGUUUUGCGCUAUUCUGAUUGGUUCAAAACCGGAUCUGCGAUUUGCCGCCAAUUUGUCCAAGGAAACUAGCGAUGAAUUUUUACAGAAACAAUCACCUGCUCUUACAGUUACCGAGCACGAUGUUUGUGAAAAUCGAGGAGUUAGUCCGGUUGCUUUCUGGUCGCUGGCCGAACAUUUGUUGACGUCAAGUUUUGGACGAAAACUGUUUUGGUUGAAGAACAUUUGCGACAAAUGCCGUCAUCUGAAUGUUUGUGAUCGCGGACGCUACAAGAACUACCAUCAGACCGGAAAUGGACCAAAUGAUGCCAAGAAAUUCGGCAAUUGCAAUCACUUGAGCGUUUUGGGAAGAGCCUGUGAGUGUACCCUGCCGGUGGCAAUUCCGGCCGUCAUCGGUGAUUACCAGACGAAUGCAUCGGGCUUAGGACUAGGCGAGGAUCCCACCAAACCCAUUGAUUGUAAGAAUAACCCUAUCGAUGUUGACAAGUACACCAAUGCAGUGUUGCGUUCAGCGCAUAAAGGACUUUACGCCAUGGGACCUUUGGUAGGAGAUAAUUUCGUUAGAUUCAUCCCUGGCGGAGCAUUAAGUAUUACAUCAGCAAUGCACAAGCGAACCGAGAACGAUUGAUACAUCCAACCCCCAUCGAUCCAGUUGUUCUUUGUUUGAGAAGUUUCAGUUCGGACAGUGGACUAAACUUCUCAUCGGCAUAUCGUCAAAAUUUUGGUAAACACCUUUGUAAACUAGUCAAGAUCAACCAGGUUGGUCUCAUUAGAGCCGGAAUUUGUUCUUUUGUCCGAAACGAUGCUCUCGAUCUCCAAGUGCAUGGCAAUGCAGCGUGUUUCGAGAGUAUCAACAAAGCGUUAGCAAACGCUUUAGAAAAGUGUGGUUUCCCUACCCUUAGCCAGGUGGCGCCCCACUCCGUUGCUAGUCAAGAUCCGAACCUGCAGCUACGAAUGUAGAACAGCAGCGUAGCAAGUUUAUCCGGGUUAAGUUUCCUUAGUACGUACAUUUAAUGUUAAGCAACUUUUAUUUUUACGUUUAGAUUUUUUUCAUUCAUUUUUUAUAAUCUCAACUCUUGCAACUGCUUACUCUGAAACAAAAGUCACCUUUCUAUAUUAUUGUUUUAAGCCUUCUCCACGUACAUUCCUUUCUCCGAUACUUAAUGCUUGACUCUCCUCUUAAGUCUUCGUUUCUAAACCUGAAAAAGUAUCAUUUUUUGUAAUUGUAUUUGAAUGGAAGCCUUUUAAUAGACAUGUUGUGUAGUCUUUCGAUUACAUGCCAUAGAAUAACUAAAUAUGAAUUUAUUUGUCCACACAAUUCGUGUGCAAUUUGUAUUAGCUUUUGUUUCGGAUCUGGUAUCUGAUAAAGUUGGAUCAAACCAAAAUAGAAUUGUUUUUUCACCCCUUUGUUCAAAAUUGUAUUUUGUUUUGUUAGUUUGAAAAAAAGAUUGCAAUAAAAUUUUUUAUCAAUCGGAAUAUUUUUAAAGAAAAUAAAAUGUGUAAAACUUCAAUUUUAUUAGUAUGAUUAUUAAUCCAUAUCAGUGCUAGUUUAUAUUCCGAAUAGCGAUUCAGAAUAACGUGCAAUGAUAUCAAGUGGAAUGCAUCUGACUGCAACUCAUAAUUAGAAAUCCCGUGAACUUCGAACCCAAAUUUGUUAAAUCAACAAUAUAUGAUCCUGAUAUUUUUAUGAGAUCGUUAUCAAAUAACUUAUUAUGUUUUCCUUACACAUACAUAUGUUUUAAGUUUUGCUAAGUGGUUAUGGAAACUAUUUGCUUCACCACUCACUUCUUUUAACAGUUUCUUUUUUAAUUAUUUGUUCUUAUUAAAAAUUUAUUUUUAUCACCUUUUUUCUCCAAACAAGACUUGUUCAUUAAUUCAGAUGGACACUAAUAAAAUUUCAAUUUCAUAUAGAAGGAUUUUUGGAGUUAAAGAAAAUUAUAACAAAGUAUUGAUAUGAUUGUUUUCCAUCGCAUCAGUUUAGAUUAAAGCUAUCGAACAAAAUAUUACUAUUACAGCACAUCAUCAACAAGGCCACUCAAUGCCAUCAGAAACCAUUCCUAUUACAGCCGAUUUGAAUGAAAACCACAAAUAUUUAGUUUAACCGCCAUUAAGAAAAUUUCCCAACAGUCCCACACACAAAACUGUCGAUUAUCUGCAAUGAUAUUCUAACAAACCGAGGAAUUAGUUUAAGCAGUGUUGUUAACUUUGCGGUAUAUUCAGAACCCGUUAGGAUAAAACAAACAAAAUGAGCAGAACAACAAAACCUAUACUUAAUCGAUUCGACUAGACAUCAGUUUCAAUUAUUUAUAAUAGGGAUAUAUCCAAGAGAGUGAUAGGAAACGCUCUCGUAACGAUUCAAAACUAACCUUAACCCCACUAGAGACUGAUUUGUAAUACUGAUAGCUAGUUCGUUCGUAAGUAACAUGUUCGAAUUGUGACAACUACUUAAAACAAUUACCAUUUUAACGCUUAUAUACUGUAUCUCUCUGUGUAUUUUUGUUUUGUUUUCAAUGAUCGGUUGGCGUUUUCGAAGUUAAAAUUAAGCCGGAUACUUUCAGAAAACGCAAACUACAGUUCUAACUAGCAGUAAGUAAAGUAUGGAUACACUUCACGUAGUUUCAAAAAUUGUUUUGCCAUUCUUCUAGUGCUGUUGAACAUUUCUGACAAAGAUAUAUAAAAAAAUGAAUGCAAAUUCUUAAAUUGAAUUUUCUCAUUAAAACACUCUUCCUCAGAAAAAAAAACUAAUAUUCUAACUGCUAUCUAAUGUCUAUUUUCUCAAAUGUAUGUAGGCAUUCAAGCGUGAAGUUAUCUCAGAAGGGUUUGAAUUGUUUGACGUUCGCCCGAAAAAAAAACCUUAUGACCAAUAUGUAACAAAUUUGAACCUUGGUGAUAGUCCCAUUCGUUGAUACAACAGGAUAAAAAAGAUCAAAUAAAACAAAACUAAUAUAAGUAACCAGUUGUUCCCAAAUUUAUGACAGAACGCUAGUUUACUAAAAGCCAGUAAGGUAUCUGAAGCAAUUAAAGGUGAUUAAAUCUAAUUUAGAAAAAAAAAUCAGGGUAAAGCGUGUUGGAAGCAAACUUUCUGUAACGAGCAGGUACGUUUUUUCGAGAUUGCACUCUGUUUAGAGAAGCUAGCGUUGCCGUUCUAACGUGUACAAUUUCUAGAAGAUUAUAAUCAAAUUCAAAAUGUGUAACAUUUGAAAAACAAUUUUAUUAUAAGCCACUAGUUGUUCGGAUCCUUAUUGAUGCAACUAGUUGCGCCGAUUGUUAGUUUUUGUCCCCCGAAAUAUACUGAGUUGAAAAAAUUA